GGCGGACAGCGCAACGAAGGAGGAGCAGGCUUCUGAGACAUUGGGCGUAACCAUGAACUGGAACAAGGGAGGAUCAGGCAACAAGCGUGGAUUUGGGUUUGGAGGAUUUGCCAUCUCCACUGGGAAAAAGGAGGAGCCCAAGUUGCCCCAAGUCUCACACAGUGCCUUUCAGUCGGCGUCCUCAAAGUAUGGCUCCACUAGUAACCAGCUCCCCUCGUUCUACAAAAUUGGCUCCAAGCGGGCGAACUUUGACGAAGAGAAUUCUUAUUUUGAUGAUGAAGAGGAAGACUCCAGUAAUGUAGACCUGCCCUACAUUCCAGCUGAGAAUUCCCCGACCAGGCAGCAGCUCCGUUCCAAGACGGAUUCCGACAGUGAAGAGGAUCCUCUGGAGGCUUUCAUGGCAGAAGUUGAGGAUCAAGCUGCCAAAGAUAUGAGGAAACUGGAGGAGAGAGACAAAGAGAAAGCGAAUGCCAGGGGUAUCCGUGACGACAUUGAGGAAGAAGAUGAUCAGGAAGCUUAUUUCCGAUACAUGGCUGAAAAUCCAACCGCCGGCCUUGUUCCGGAAGAGGAGGAAGACAAUCUGGAGUAUGACAGUGAUGGCAAUCCCAUUGCCCCGACUACAAAGCGCAUUAUCGACCCUCUGCCUCCUAUUGAUCACACAGAAAUUGAGUAUCCACCUUUUGAGAAGAACUUCUAUGAAGAACAUGAGGCAAUCACCUCUCAGACCCCACAGCAGAUCACAGAGCUGAGACACAAGCUAAACCUGCGGGUUUCUGGGGCAGCACCACCACGUCUUUGCAGCAGUUUUGCUCACUUUGGAUUUGAUGAACAGCUACUGCACCAGAUCCGGAAGUCAGAAUACACUCAACCCACGCCCAUCCAGUGUCAGGGAAUCCCAGUGGCCCUGAGUGGACGAGACAUGAUCGGCAUUGCAAAGACUGGAAGUGGUAAAACUGCUGCAUUUAUUUGGCCAAUCCUAGUGCACAUCAUGGACCAGAAGGAACUGCAGCCGGCGGAUGGGCCCAUUGCUGUGAUUGUGUGCCCCACCCGUGAGCUGUGCCAGCAGAUCCACAGUGAAUGCAAGCGGUUUGGGAAGGCGUAUAAUCUGCGCUCUGUAGCAGUGUAUGGAGGCGGCAGCAUGUGGGAACAGGCAAAAGCCCUACAGGAAGGCGCCGAAAUAGUUGUGUGUACUCCGGGUCGACUUAUUGACCAUGUUAAGAAGAAGGCUACCAAUCUCCAGCGUGUCACAUACCUGGUGUUUGAUGAAGCUGACCGUAUGUUUGACAUGGGGUUUGAAUACCAGGUUCGAUCCAUUGCAAACCACGUGCGACCGGAUAGACAAACUCUCUUAUUCAGCGCCACCUUUCGAAAGAAGAUUGAAAAGUUGGCCAGAGACAUUCUAGUCGAUCCUAUCCGUGUGGUUCAGGGCGAUAUUGGAGAGGCAAAUGAAGACAUCACUCAGGUGGUAGAGAUUUUGCCCUCUGGCCCAGAAAAGUGGACGUGGCUAACACGCAGACUGGUGGAGUUUACAUCAACUGGAAGUGUCUUGGUGUUUGUCACCAAAAAGGCCAAUGCAGAGGAGCUGGCUGCCAAUUUACGACAAGACGACCAUCCCCUGGGUCUUCUCCAUGGUGAUAUGGACCAGAGUGAGAGAAACAAGGUCAUUUCUGAUUUCAAGAAGAAAUCCAUCCCUGUCCUGGUUGCUACAGAUGUGGCAGCCCGGGGCUUGGAUAUUCCAUCAAUCAAGACUGUGGUAAACUAUGACGUGGCACGAGACAUCGACACGCACACUCAUCGCAUUGGUCGAACAGGCAGAGCGGGUGAAAAGGGAGUGGCCUAUACUCUGUUAACAUCCAAAGAGAGCAACUUUGCUGGAGACUUGGUGAGAAACCUCGAGGGUGCCAAUCAGUACGUGUCAAAAGAGCUGCUGGAUCUGGCCAUGCAGAAUUCCUGGUUCCGUAAGUCUCGCUUCAAGGCUGGAAAGGGCAAGAAGUUAAACAUUGGGGGUGGAGGCCUUGGAUACCGUGAAAGACCCGGGCUAGGAGCUGAAAGCUCGGAACAUGGCACUGGUGGAAAUGUGAUGAGCAAUUAUGAAGCAUUUAAACCUUCAGGAGGUGCCAUGGGAGACAGGUUAUCUGCCAUGAAGUCUGCUUUUCAGUCUCAGUACAAGAAUCAUUUUGUUGCUGCCAGUGCUAGCACCCAGAAAACUGGUACGUCUUCAAUUAACUCUGGAGCUUGGACCAGUGCUGGGAGUUUAAGUUCUGUUCCCAGUGCACAUCCACCUAGUGGGAAACUCCCUGCAGAAGCUGCUCCACCACCAGUUCACACAGCCAUGCUAGGCUUUACCAGCAGUGGGACUCUUAGCAGCAUUCCCACUGGUUAUCCAGCAAACAUCAGCAGUGCCAGCUACCCAGCAGCUACAUUGUUUGGUGCCCGCGAUGGUGCAAGUGCAGGUAGUGAAAGUGGUGGUAGAGAGCGACAUAGUGACAGCAAAGGACGCCAUGGGGACAGCCAUCGUCCUAGUGAUCGGGAAGGAUAUCGGCAUGGAGAUGGACAUCGACACUCAAGCAGUAGUCGUCACGGAGAGAGAAAUGGAGGCGAGGGAAGGAGAGAAAGCUCCCGAGAUGGGCGAAGAGACAGCUCGCGGGAUGGAGAAAGUCGUAGAGAUGGCUCACGAGAUGGGGGCGAGGGCAGGCGCGAGAGCUCUAGGGAUGGGGAGGGACGUAGAGAGAGUUCUCGAGAUGGAGAUGGGAGGAGAGAGAGUUCAGGAGAUGGGAGAAGAGAGGUAGUAGGGGAUGAUGGAGACAGCAGGAAAGAGGGCACCAGGGAGGCAAAAACUGACACCUUUGCCAUACCCGUACCUCCCAAGCGUAAGAAGAGCCGAUGGGACAGUUAAGCCAGCCGACAGCGUCCCAGAAUGAAUUUGCAUAAAUGUAUUUGUUUCCUUUUUGUUUUGCUUGCUGCUGGGGAAGCCACAUUGUGCAAGAGCUCUGCCAGUUAUCUGCUUCUGAUCUUUAUCUUCAAGUUUCCAUCUUGGUAAUCACCCCUCAGGUUCAAGGGGGUUUCCACUCCAUGUUUGCUUCUGUUGUGCUUUGAGAGAUCCAUUAAGAGCAACCAACCAGCUCUACAUAAAAUACACUAAACUGUAUCACUCUCCAUUAAAAUUGAGAAUAGAUCUGCUCUUUAACAAGAAACCUGCUUUUAAGUGCUUAUCCUCUCCCAUUUUUGGACACUCUUUUGAUUGUGUGUUUAGAUAAUGUGUUUUCUGUACAUAGCAAAAAUACCAGUUUUUAUGUGUAUUUUUUUUUUUCGUCCAUUGUGCUCAUUUCACAGACCAAGCAGAACAUUAAAAGAACAUUUUUGUUUUUA